AUUUGUGAUGACAGUGCUUUUCUAGAUAGUAAUAUAACAAUAUGGCGGGUGCAAUGUUGUUUGAAAGAGCGCAGUCUGUUUCUUCACAGCACGAAAAUUUGUUAAAUUUAAAGAGAAACGAUGAAGACCAGGACAACGAUGAAGAAAAUAUUAAAAAUAAAGAACAGGAUAUACUUAAUUUGGGUGAGAGAUACAAAAAAGAGGGAAAAGCUAAAGAACUUGCAGAACUGAUUAAAGCCACCAGACCUUUUUUAAGCAUGAUAAGUAAAGCAAAAGCUGCAAAAUUAGUAAGAUCUUUGGUAGACUAUUUUCUGGACUUAGAAGCUGGCAUUGGUAUAGAAGUUCAACUCUGCAAAGAAUGUAUAGAAUGGGCUAAAGAAGAACGAAGAACAUUUUUACGCCAGUCAUUAGAAGCCCGAUUAGUAGCAUUAUAUUUUGAUACUGGUAUGUUCGCCGAGGCUUUACUUUUAGGGUCUAAGUUACUUAAAGAACUAAAAAAAUUGGAUGACAAAAAUUUAUUAGUGGAAGUUCAGUUACUCGAGAGCAAAACAUAUCAUGCCUUGAGCAACUUGCCAAAAGCUCGUGCUGCCCUUACUUCGGCACGUACCACAGCCAAUGCUAUAUAUUGUCCGCCAAAAAUGCAAGCUGCCUUAGAUCUCCAGUCAGGUAUAUUACAUGCAGCUGACGAAAAAGAUUUUAAAACAGCCUAUUCGUAUUUUUAUGAAGCAUUUGAAGGUUUUGAUAGUGUGGAAUCUCCAAAGGCACUUACAGCACUCAAAUAUAUGUUGUUAUCCAAAAUUAUGCUUAAUAAUCCUGAAGACGUACAACAAAUUGUAAGUGGAAAGUUAGCAAUUAAGUAUGCUGGUCAGGACAUAGAGGCAAUGAAGGCAGUCGCACAAGCAUCCCACAAAAGAUCUCUUGCUGACUUUCAACAAGCAGUUAAGCAGUUUAAACAUGAAUUAGAAGACGAUGUUAUUGUUAGGGCACAUUUAGGAACGUUGUAUGAUAAUAUGCUUGAACAAAAUUUAUGUAGAAUUAUUGAACCAUACUCCAGAGUGCAAGUAGAUUAUGUAGCAAAAACAAUAAAACUUCCUAUGGCCCAAGUAGAGAAAAAGCUCUCUCAGAUGAUCUUGGAUGCUAAAUUUCAUGGUAUUUUGGAUCAAGGUGAAGGGGUCCUAAUUGUAUUUGAAGAUACUCCAGUAGAUAAAACGUACGAAAUGGCUUUAGAAACAAUCCAAAGUAUGAGCAAAGUAGUAGAUACACUUUAUCAAAAGGCGAAAAAGUUGUCAUAGGUCAAUGUAAUUAAAAUUAAUACAAAAUAAAAUGACUGUAUUUUUCCUAAUAAUACACAACCACUAACAUUUAAAAUUCCCAUUUUCUUUAAUUUAAUGUAUAAAAUUAGAUGUUAUACUUAUUCAGAACUUUUCAAAUAACCUUAACUAAAAUUAUAAUAAUUGUUUUCUUUAAUUUCGUUUAUCAUUUUAUUUGU